AGGCGACAGUUUCAGAGGGAAUGUUGGGUGUUAAUUUGGGACGCACUCACGAUGAAGACAAGCAACUAGCUUAUGCUAAUGCUAAAGCUAAUCAACAACGCUACGUCCAUUAACCCACCGGAUUGUGUUCUGAUGUGGCGUCUGUUCUGUAGCUCAUGCUGUUGUUCCUGCAGAUGCGGAGUAGAGACCGUGGUGAAUGGUGAGGAUAUAAUGCAGAGUUCCCAACAUUUCUUUCCAUGCACUGAAAGCUGCACAUUUAUGGCGUUUGUGAGUGGAGAUUUCUGCCAGGCCCAGCACCUGGUCAUUGUGGAUAAGUGAGAAGUUCCACAUGAAGAUAACACCACACAUCUACUGUCCUACCUUGUGAGCUUUGGGUUUGACGCUGUAUUUGCCCAAAGUUCACGCGUAUGAGUCGGUCUGAGACAACUGAGUUCCCGACAAGCCUUUUUUUUUUUUUUACACCUUCUCCUCAGGCACCAAAUAUUCAUCCCUUUUCCUCCUGAAUGGGUUAAUUUAAUUAAACAAAUCUGAAAAAUAGCCCUUUUUGUUUUUUUUUUACAUUAGUUUUUAUUUUUCUAUAUACGAAUAUCUAUUUAAAUUUGAGUUUUUGACCCAAAGUCGUCGUAAUCACACUGUGAAAGUUAUUAUUCAUCUUUAUUUAUUAUUUGAACACACUACCGUUCACGAACGUGUCGAGAUGAAUCGUCCUGCUCCUGUCGAAAUCACCUACGAGUGUAUGAGGUUCCUGAUCACACACAAUCCCACCAACGCACAACUGCCCAAGUUUACUGAGGAGCUGAAGAGCUUCGGUGUUCAGACACUGGUUCGGGUUUGUGAGGCCACUUAUGACAAAGCACCUGUGGAAAAGGAAGGCAUUGAAGUUCUGGACUGGCCUUUUGACGACGGCUGCUCUCCGUCAGAUCAAAUCGUGGAUGACUGGUUAAAUCUCCUGAAAUGUAAAUUUAAAGAUGAACCACGCAGCUGCAUCGCAGUGCACUGUGUUGCAGGACUGGGCCGAGCUCCCGUGUUGGUGGCCAUCGCGUUAAUCGAGUGUGGGAUGAUGUACGAGGACGCCGUUCAGUUCAUCCGACAGAAGCGACGUGGAGCCUUCAACUCCAAACAGCUCAUGUACCUCGAGAAAUACAAACCCAAGAUGCGUUUGCGCUUCAAAGAUGCCAACGGGCAAAACUGCCGCAUUCAGUAGAACCACAAACCACAAAGAUCAUGAGAAAAAUUAAUGUUAUUAUUAUUGUUAUGAUUGGAAAGCAAUGUUUUGGGGAUAGUUGAAUUAUAGUGCCAAGCACACGCAAGAUCAUUAGUGUCCAUAUUAACGGCGUAAGAGUUAAAGAAAAUAAAUGUCAAGUCAUUUCUUAAGUAUUUAAGGACACACAGGAAAUACAGCACAAGCAGAAUGGGUGUCGUGAGUGAGCUACAGACUAGUACAGAUCAUACCGAGUGUCCUUCAUGCUCCAUGUUAAACUCAUAGCCUCAGAUUAGUGCACACACACACACACACACUCUGAGGUUUAAUCCGUCAGAAAAGCCAAAGUGUGUCCUUCAUAGGAAAUGUAGUUUUUAAUCAUGUUUUUUUUUUUUAAUGUCCUGAAUCAUUUCAUCGGUUUCUGUUGAUGCUUGUGACAUAAAAGCUGUAAUGUCAGUGAGGUUACACGAGCACAAAAAUACCUGUAGUGCGACAUACACAACUGUGAUAAACACACAAAGACUCCGGGUUACAGAUAUGUGUGAAAGCAAGGGAUCAUUCCCCGGAUUAUCUCUUGCUGCUGGCUUCUAGAGAUAACACAAUAAAAUAAAGGUGUAAAUGAUU